AUGGAAUACCAACCUUUCGGCCAGGGUGGUGGUUCCUCCUCCUCCUCCUCCUCCUCCUCCCCAGGUUCUUCCGAACAAUCCUUCCACACGCCUCCGGAAUCACCAAUCCCUGUCAUCUACUUCAGCUCUUUCAACAAUGAUCGACAUAACAAUGACUCGAGCCCUGAAGAAAGCGAGCUUGAAACAGAAAGCCGUGUAUACACACCGUCACAGCACCUCUCUUCACCACCAUCACCAUUCCCAUCACUACCUCCAGGCCACAUACGGCAUCCCACCACCUACCCAUAUCUGUCGAACAAUCGUGAUUACCAACCAACCACCUCUCAACGAGGAAAAAGGAAAGUCAGCUUCUUCCCAUGCCCCGAUGACAACGACCAGUAUUCUUGCCUCUGCCUUCCUCCUGUCCUCACCAAAGCAAUGAUCAACCUAGCAAGCGGGAUCAAGGUGGUAGUAAAGCUAGUCUUUGAGACUCUCAGAACCGGUAUGGAUUGGGUCCCGCCAAUUCCACCGGAGUCUGAGUCCGACUCUGACUUCGAUAUCGAGAGAAAUCUGGAACGAGUUUCGGGACGGGGAAAACGGAGCAGGGUACGGAAGUGGAAGGGGCCUCCUCCUCCUAUUUUCGUGCCGAUGGGCGGUCUACCUUUGUUUCGAAGUGAUCAUCCAGCCCAGGAAGUGGACACUGCCCCUGAGCGGUGGAUUUGGCGGGGAAAGAACGAGGAACCCGUAUCACUGCGACGGUUGGGGGAUGGAGGAGGUGCUAUAGUGGAUGGAGAGUGGUAUGUGAAAAGAAGGGAUGAGAAAAAUCAUCAUGAUGCUGCCGAUGUGAAUGGCAAUGAACUGAGCACAGAGAAGAAGUGGAAGGGAAAGGAGAAGGAACAGACGGUUGACGUGGGACGAAUUUCAACAGAGGUUUUCGCAAGUGGUUCGGGGGAUCCAGGGAAGCUGCGGAGAGGAUCGUAUGUUCCGACGCGGCCUGACAGGAGGGGGACGAGGUGGGUGCCGAGGGGUGUUCAUAGUGGUGCCUGGGAUGAGGACUACAUAGAACAAUCUUGA